AUGUGCAGUCGACGAGGCGGAGAUGACAUGUACUCGGAGCUGCCAUCGACGGCUCCACCAAUCAGAGCCGAGUGUUUGAGAUCAAACAGCCCCGGGCCAUCUCGGCGCGCUGACUCAUCUGCAGCCUCAGGCAUCGACACCACACCACCCGCAAAAUCCAGCCGGCUACACGACAACUUCGUCCUUCUCCCUUCCCAAUCUCCAUCCACUCUCCCCUCACCAAUUCCCUCCCAAUUUGGUUCAACCAGCCGACCCGCCAUGUCGUCCCUUUCUAUCUUCCGCAUCGCCACGCGCGCCGUCCGCCCUGCCAGCUUCGUCCGAGCUCCUAUCGUCCGCUCCCGGGUUCAGGUCCCAGUGACUAUGGCCGCCCGCGCCCGCACUUUCGGCACCACCUCCAAGAUGCUCUCCGGCCACGAGGAUGAGACAUAUGAGGAGUUCUCCGCCCGAUUUGAGAAGGAGUUCGACGGUGUACAGGAUGUUUUCGAGCUUCAGCGCAACCUGAACAACUGCUUCGCUUACGAUCUCGUCCCCUCCGUUGAGGUCCUCACCGCUGCCCUGAAGGCCGCCCGCCGCGUGAACGACUUCCCCACCGCUGUCCGUGUUUUCGAGGGCAUCAAGGCUAAGGUCGAGACCCAGGAGCAGUACAAGCAAUACCUGACUGCUCUUGAGAGCCUGCGCCAGGAGUUGGGCGUUGCUCUCCGUGAAGAGCUCUACCCCCAGGAGGAGUAA